CUUAUAUCAUAUUUAUUUUUAAUGCAUAAUCUUUCGUAAUUGAGAGUUGUGGUAAUUAAUUUUAUGGUUUUAGAAGAAAUUAAUGGCAAUCUUUCGAUCUUAGAGAUUUUAAUUUUGCAACUGAUCCGUGGAUGACAAGCCAUACAAUGUAAACAACCUGUGAAGUAGAUGUUGGUAUCACAUGUGAAAGGGAGGGAGACUCAAAGAAAUGAGGUUCCCUCUGCGCCAACAAAGUUCCUCUUAUCUUUCCCGUUCAGUGAAGACAGUGAUUGACAGGAUCGUUACCAAGUUACUGAUGAAAAGCAACUCAGGGACACAAUGUGGCUGCUAGAAAAGGAAGAAUCUAAAACCGAUACCCAGCAACCUGAGCCCAAAAAAGAAGCAGAAUCGUCUGUAAAAAUUCACUACUUACUUUGUGGCCCGUCACUGAUAGUAGGCCGGAAAGCUAGUCACAUUCUCCUUCCUGGUGAUAAUUCCAUCAGCCGGCAGCAUGCAAGCAUCACCAUAAUACAGAACGUCAAUAACCUUAAAAACCCAAAUGUUCUACCAGAGGUGAAGUUGAAAGAUUUAGGAGCAAAGUAUGGAACUUAUGUUAAUGAUGGUAUUGAACAUAAUCAGAAGUUAUUGGAUGAGAGAUUUCUUGUCAGUGGUGACAGAGUUAGAUUUGGUUUGAUUGAUAAUAUAUGGAGACUGAAGCAUCAAGAUUUAGUUGUAACAACAUCUGCUCUCCAGCCUGAAAGUAAAGGGGAGCUUCAAACAGCUUUACUUAAACUAGGAGGUCAUUUAGUUGGAGAAUGGAUGCAAAAUUGUUCUUAUCUAGUGAUGAACAAUAUCACACUGACCAUAAAGGUUGUGUGUGCUUUGGCAGCUGCUGCUCAUAUAGUAACACCAGAUUUUUUCACAAAAUGGGCAGAUGCUCUUAUGAAAAAAGCUCCACAUCCGGAUGCAUCCGAUUUUUUGCCCCCACUUCAGGAAAUGAGUAUUAACCAAAGCCUAGCAAGCUUCUCCCCCAACCAAGAAAGAAUGAAAUUGUUCCAGGGAAAGUACGUUUUGUUUCCUUCUUCAAAGCAAUUAAAACGUAUGGGUCCAGCAAUCGAACUAGCUGGUGGAGUCUCGGUGUUAUUAUCUGAAGAGAAUUAUAAGUUAGUUACUUCUGUACAUUACCUUUUAGUUCAGCUCCCUGCUGAAAAGAAUCAAGAACCAGAGAGAACAAAAUUAUUCUGGAAGUCCAAAGAAAUUCUUAAAGGGAAAGGAUUACGUGUGAUACCAGAGUCUGAUAUUGGACUAGCUAUUCUGUACAGAAGCACAGAAACCCAUUGCAAUCCAUCAUUUGUUGUAGCUGACAUCUUAAAAAGAAAUGGUUCCUCUUCCUACACACAAGGCGCUCAUAUUUAUGCAACUGAGACACAGGAUGCAACCCAGAACUCAGUGAGUUUGACAGGUACUCGUAUUGUACCAGAAAGUGGCAUGUCCUCUUCUCGGAAAACACCCUCAACAUUGCAGACUACAGCAGCACCUCCAACAAAUGUAGGUCUCACUACCACAUCCCUGAAUUCAUUCUCAAGUACCAAUGCUUCUACACUGAUGACCCUUGAUAGUACUAGUCCAGGCAAAAACUGUUCAGAAGACAAAGAAAAUUUCAGGCUUAAAUCAACUAAAAGGAACCGAAGCCAAACUACUGAGUGUGAACCUCCGUCUAAACGUAGCAGUCGAUCGUCCAACAGAGAACCUGUUGUAGCUGAGCCUGAACCUACUCAGCCCCUGGAAAUUAUGGACGAAGAGGAAGAACCUAUUUCACAGGACUGUGGCAUAUCCAAGUUUGAACCAAAGCAUGUUAGCACUCAGAAAUAUGAUAAAUCUGGGUGUGGGACAAAUAUAGAUGGAAUCGAUGGUCCGUCUAAGAAAAACAAGGAUAAAAGAGCCGGAAAUAUUGAGGAGACUGUACCUACAACUCUUGAGGGUGGCAUUUCCUCUCUAGAACCUUUGGCUGGACGCUCUAUACCUUUUGAACCUUACACCCUCCCAAGUUUAAAUGCUGAACCUCCCAUUGAAGAUGAGAUUUCAACUCAGCCAUAUGGAGAGGUUAAAACAGAGCCACCUAGCCAGCCAGAAGAUGAACCAGAUUGUUAUAUGGGGAAAAGGAAGAGAGAAGACUUGCAUUUACCCGAUGAAGAUGUACCUAAUUGGUUUGGGAAAAAAAGUAGAGCAGAGAACACUACUGUACAAGUUAAAACUGAAAGAGUUGCUGUGCAACCCACUGUUAAACAAGAAGUAUAUAAUGAUGAUCUAUUUGCAAUUCCUAACACAAGUGACAGAAGCAAGCGAAGAGCUGAGGCAAAGAAAAGGGUUUCAGAUGAAGGUGCAAUUGAUGCAGCAGAUCUUUUUGAUUUACCAACUUCAUCACGAGUUGAGCGUCGAAGAAAAAUGAUGAAAACUGAAGAAUCAACAUUAAGGGUUGUAGAUAAUAGAAACGCUAAUGUAAAAGAUUCAAGCUCCAAAUAUCCUCCAGUACAUGCUACUUCAAGUAAUGUAAGAGAUGCAAGCUCCUCACAUCCUCCUCCAGUACCUGCUAUCCCAAGUAAUGCAAGCACAUCAGUAAAUGAAAGAAGCAGAUCUGCUAACACCUCUUUGAAUGAUACUUGGAUUAGCAAGAAGGGCAAUGAAUCUGUAGCACAAGCAACUAAAUCGCCAGUGAAAGCAGAGGCAGUUGUUGGGAAUGUGACCAAGAAUGAACCCAGACAUGGUGAUGUUGCAGAACUCGCUGGUAGCUUUGAAAGGUCCCUUGUUGUUGUUGAAGUAGCCUCACUUGUUAGGCAGAAGACAGUCAAAGCCAUUCCUGCAAGCAGUAGUCAAAAUAAUUCAAGUGGAAAUCUUAAAAAUUUCAAGAAAUUUAGAAAGAAUUCAACCGACAUUGUAGCCCUUCCAAAGAUUAUUGGAGGAAAAGGUCUUGUCCCUCAUGACAAAGCUGAAAUUUCAUCACGUGAGAAUUGGUUCAGGGAAAACCCAGAUGUAACAACUCAUCUAGCUGAACGAAACCAGGAACACAAUGCAGAAUUGGAUAACCUUUUUGAAAUGGCUCAAGAUCCUAAGUCAAGAGGCCGGGCACGUCGGAAGAAGUAAUUAAUUUAGCUGUAAGAUGCAUGUGAAUUAAUUGUACAGAUUUUAAUUAAUUUGGCUAUGAAAAUUUUAUACACAUGAUUUUGAUUUAUUGGCCAAAAUAAUAGUGACCAUACGUCUGUAUUCCAAAUCUCUGCAAAUAAAUUGUUACUGUUAUUUUAAA